UUUACAAAGUUAUCAGUCACAUUCUAAUACGAUAAAGCUGGUCAAUUUUAGUGUUUCUUUUGGCGCAUUGAAUUUUACAUAUGAUACGAAAAGAAUAUAUAUGAAAUGUGGACUGUUGUCUCUCUGUCUCAAGAUCCACGUCAGUUUUCUCCGUUAAUUUCACGGACCCUAUAUAACGCGUAUAAUUUCCAAAUUAAAUCGUAAUUCUGAAAAAUUAAUUAGCACGUGCGACCAAUGUUAUAUGGAUGUUGAACAUUAAAACGCGAACAGUUACGAAUAUACGAACGCAUGCGUGAGUCUUUUUGCAUCCGAAACUUUGUUCGUCUCGAGCUCUGGAACUCUGGGGGUCGUAGGAUCGUGCAUUCUGGUGAUACGUAUGUACAAUAAUGUAUAUAUGUAUAUACAUACAUACAUUGUUAUGCAGUAGUCAGUAGCAGCUAGUAGCUAGUAGUCAUCAGCAAGUGUCGAGCGAAGAGAGAUAAACGAUAAACGGGCGUCGAAGAUAAAUUCGACUAACAAGUUGCCAACGAUAUCUCGUGCGUGGCGGAAGGCGGAAAGUAGAAAGUCGAAUCGAAUAAAUGGCGGGCCACAAUUAUCUGAGUGAUCCGAAGAAUCCAUUCUUUUCGUUGGAAGACGACGUAGACGAUGAGACAUUUCUGAAAAAUGCGCCAGCCAGGACUCUCCCCGCUGGGCGUCAGAAUUUUGACAAUGACAUAACGCAGAAACGCCAACAAUUGUUGCAACGUAAAAAAGAAAUAGAAGACCGCACGAUACAGUCUUCGGAAAGGUCCGUUUCGCUUCUGAGAGACUCUGAGCAAAUUGGUGUAGCUACAGCUGAGGAAUUAAUCAGGCAAAGAGAACAAUUGCAGAGAACAGAAAAGAGACUAGAUGACAUUAAUAGCACAUUAAGAUUUAGUCAGAAACAUAUACAGGGCAUAAAGAGUGUCUUUGGUAGUCUGAAAAACUAUCUCAGUGGUAAAUCUCUGGAUACACCAAUACCAUCGACAAAAUUAUCAGAGUCUUCCAGUUCUGGAUCCAUAACAUCUCCUGCACUGUCCAACACAUUAGAACAAGUACAAAGUAACAUUAGCAAUUCGUAUUCAUCGACAAAAGUAAAAGAAAGUUACAAUGCGCGCGACAACAAUCUUGAAGAUGUUAGGCCUGCCAGUGACAGAGUAACCAAAGCUUUAGAGCAAAAUUUAAAUGACAUGAGUGGAUCAUUAGCGAGACUGAAACAUCUGGCAAUUGGUUUAUCUGAAGAAAUAGACUCGCAAAACGAUCUGAUUGAUAAUAUCACCGAUAAAACCGAAAAAGCAGAUAUACUGCUGCAACAGCAAAAUAAAGACAUGUUACAUUUAUUGAAGAAAUAAAUUAGAAAACUGUCAUACAUCGAACUUUUUGCUUGAAAAACUAUCAUUGAAUACGAUUAACUAUACUUUUACAAAAUAUGGACAUAAUACAGUGAAAUGAAUCUUUGAGAUGUUGAUUUAUGCCAUUGAAUCUAGGGUGUGACGGUCGUGCAAUAAUAUUAUGCAACAUUUUAUAGAAUUUUUCAUAAAGUGAUUGCGCAAUCUUUACAAUAUAAUUAUAACGAUACAAUAGUGUAGAAUGAUCUAUUGUUAAUACAUCAUUCUUUAUAGGGAAGGAAUCCAUUUUGUGAAUGAUUGUUGAUAUUAUAAAAAUACAUGCAAUAUCUUUAUACAAUGUAUAUACAAAUACAAAUGAAUAAGAUGCAUGAAGAACUUUUGUUUCUCAAGAUUUUGUAGCUUUUUAAGACGAAAAUUUUCUAUGAUGUACAUCCAUGUAUAAUAAUUAUGUUCCAAAUUUUGUUUUCGUUUGUUAUCAAUAUAAAAAUACAUGAUUUUUAUAUAUUUUAUAUAUAUGCACAUUCACAUUUUUAUAUAACAAUGAAAAGGAUUAUGAAUUAUCAGUGUUAUUUUUUAUUUUUAAUAAAGUAUCAAUAUUAUUGUGCAUAAA